GUAUCAAAUGCAAAAGUCGUGUCUGGGUCUGGAAGAAUGCAGAUUUUUGUCAUGCUGUUUUUGCAUGACGCAAAAUGUCUGUCAUGGAAGCCCUAGCAUCACAGAUUUCGAGAAGCUUCCGCAUUGCUUAAUCCGCAUGACAAAUCCCUCAUUUUGGUGACAG